UGUCAGCUGGGCUCGUUCUCCCGCUCUCGCUCGACUCACAAGGGGCCGAAUGGCAGAGGUCGCCCUGAGGAACGUCGCGGACAUGGCUGGCGAGUCUGAGUGCGGGAAUGCGCGGGAGAGCGAACUUCGCACCCCGCUUCAUAAAUGACGACAAAGUGCGAAGGGCGAAGGGAUCAUUGCGCUCGAGCGUGUCUUGCGCGUAUGAGGCGAAGCGACGACCGGGUUUGGGCAGAAACCAAGCAACGCGCUCUCGAUCUGCAUCCCGCCGGGCGCCCAGAAACCCUCACGUUCCCAACUCCCGGCCCACCAGGCUGACGUCGACUGGACGCGCUGUCAGAGAUCACCGAUCGUGGGGGAACAGCAGCAAGCAGCAGCGCCACGUGGUCGCGCCUCAUCACACUCAAGUCACACAUCACACAGCUCGUCCUCAACCACCGUCCUCGUUUGCUCGCUACACGUUCCCCAACCCCGCCGCCUGCCCCUCCGCCCUUGGGACCGUUCGGCAAUUGCCGAAUCGCCCGUUUUUCGCGCGGGCAGGAGCUCCACCUCCCCUUUGCGCGCGCGAGCGGAGCGAGCGCUUAAGCUACGCGAUUUUCGCUAUUUUACGUGGCUACUUUCGCUCUCACAGCACCGUCCUCUCCCCCUCUCCCCCUCUCCCCCUCUCCUCCCCCUCUCCUCCCCCUCCCUCCCUCCUCCUCCCCCUUUCUCCCCUCCCUUUGCGGCGGGUGGGAGGGGCUCGGGGGAGGCGAGAUGUUAGCAAUAUCGGUAGAGCCAAGGCCACGUACCGCGCUUGCGCGGCGACCCGGCGCCAUCCUGCGCUCUGAAUUGGCUCAUUCUGCGCUGACCACGUCGCUGACUCACGACAGGUAAGCGGUCUCGCCUCUAGACUCACGACGAGUAGCCGCGACUCCGCGCUCGCGCGGGGACCCAACGCGAUUUUUCGACGUCGAGAUGGCCAUUUCGUCAGUCUCGGAGGCGACGCGAAGGGGCGUGAGGGAGUCUUGAUGUCGUCGAAGGGAGCUCGGGCGUCGCCGAGG